AUGCCCAUGCCCACUCCCUUCUGCUUCUACUUUUCUUACAUGUCCGUUUGUGCCAAGCCCUGGUGGUCAGAGAACAUGGAUGUGCGCCGCCAUUGGCCUUGGGAGGCGAGCCUGCGGCUGGGAAAGGAGCACGUGUGCGGAGGGGCCCUCAUUGACCCCAUCUGGGUGGUGACCGCAGCCCACUGCAUCGAAAGCACCAAGGAGUACACGGUGAUGCUCGGCACCUACAGGCUGAAACCCCUGAACUCCUCCAGAGUCCUCUGGAUCCCCGUGAGGGACAUAAUUUUGCACCCCAGGUUCUGGGGCCGGACCUUCAUCAUGGGCGACGUGGCCCUUCUCCAGCUCCUCAGUCCCGCCACCCUGAGUGAGUACGUGCAGCCCAUCUGUCUUCCGGAGCCCAGCUUCAACCUGAGGGUCGGAACGCAGUGCUGGGUGACCGGCUGGGGACAGAUAAGGCAGCGCUUCUCCGCCAACUCCACGUUGACCCCAGAGCUGCAGGAGGCCGAGGUCUUUAUCAUGGACAACAAGCGGUGUGACCAGAUUUACCACAAGAAGGUCAACUUCCCCCGGAUCAUCCCCCUUGUCCUGGACGACAUGCUCUGUGCCACCAAUUAUGGGGAAAACUUGUGCUAUGGAGACUCUGGAGGGCCCCUGGCCUGUGAAGUCGAGGGCAGAUGGAUUCUGGCCGGUGUGUUGUCCUGGGAGAAAGCCUGUGCCCAAGUCCUGAAGCCAGACGUGUACAGCCGGGUCACCAAAUACAGCAAAUGGAUCCAGAAGCAGCUUGAUGGGGCUCUGGCAGCCCCCCGGGCCUUCCCCUGGCUCCUCCUCCUGUCCUGGCUACUGCAGCCCCAUGUGGGUCCCUGA